AUGGUACGCAUGAAUGUGCUUGCUGAUGCUUUAAAGUCUAUCAAUAAUGCUGAGAAGCGUGGGAAGCGACAGGUAAUUAUUCGGCCAUCUUCCAAAGUAAUUGUUCGUUUCUUGACUGUUAUGAUGAAGCACGGCUAUAUAGGCGAGUUUGAAAUUGUUGAUGAUCAUCGUGCCGGUAAAAUUGUUGUUAACCUUACUGGACGUAUCAACAAUCCACGUUUCGACAUUCGUAUGGCUGAUUUGGAGAAAUGGACGAGCAACUUGUUGCCAUCUCGUCAAUUUGGAUUUCUGGUGUUGACCACUUCUAGUGGAAUUAUGGAUCACGAGGAAGCUCGAAGGAAACAUGCUGGUGGGAAGAUUCUCGGAUUUUUCUUUUAAGUGAUGUUUGUUCGACUUUUCUUUGUUGCUGUUAUUAUGGAAUA